AUGACUGGCACAUCUGGCAGUGGCGGACUCGGUGAGUCUAUCCGCAAGGGCGUUGGCAUGGUUCACGGCACUGGCGAAGCUAUCCGCGGAACAGUUCUAUCCACAGUUGACCAAGCAAGCGGAGACCGCGCGAGCGCAGUGAAGAACCAAGAGAUUGCCAACAAGGGCGUCGACGAGUGGGACCGCGGUUACCGUGGCCAGCCGAUGAGCGCAGGUGUCACUCCCGUCGACGCUGAUGCCGCGCGCCUGAACGCAACACAAGCUACAUCGACGAACUACGGCCCGCAUACCACGAAUACUGGCAACAAGCUUGAUCCUAGAUUCGAUUCUGAUCUGGACCACCGCGGCACCGUCGCUGGCUCGACUAAUGUUGGGCCUCACUCGACAAACGUUGGAAACAAGCUCGAUCCUCGUUUUGAUUCGGACGCAGAUCACCGUGCGAAUCCAGCAUCCAAUGUUGGAGGAACCGGGUACACACAACACCAUCCUCUCUCUUUUUCUCUUACUAACUUCUUAGCUCCUUUCACUUGUUCGGCUCCCUCUAAGCAGAUUGACGGUGCCGGCGAGCAUGAAAAUGACCAUGGACCCCACAGUACCCACGAACAUCGCGGUCUGAUCAGCGACACAGCGGAACUGGAGCCUGCCCAAAAACUCGAUCCGUUAUAUGAAGUAGGAGGGGCAUCAAUGAAAGACGGGGGCCCUCACCGCACACACGUAUAUCGCGGCUCGAUAAGCGGUGCCUCAGGAUUAGAGGCUGCCGGAAAGUUUGACCCUCCCGAUGACGCAGCAGCUCGAGGUCCUGGCCACAGCCAACCUAGUCCUUCAGACCUGCAACCGAAACCCACGCAUCAAAGCAAUUUCUCCAACAAGCUAGAUUCCGAUAUUGUCUCUGAUCCCUCAAAGAUACUCAAUCGAGCCGACACUGAACCAUUGCCGCAAGAUGACGACACUAUGAAGGCUAAAGAAGGGUUCACCUGCAGUUCGAGAAGUACUCACUAG